UGUGUGUGUAAUUCAGUCCCACGUCUGAAGGUCGUUUCAGGUCCACAAAGAAGGGAAUCUUCACUAAGAUGGAGAGGGGGUGGGGUCAAAGGUCACAUUUUCACCACCACCACAACUUUCAGGAUGUCACCAUCACGACAGUCACGUGACUCACCAAAGUUGAGGAAGAUGAGUUUGGCCUGGAUGGACGGACAUAGCUUGACGAUGAAGGGGAUGCAGAUGUAGACCACCAGCAGCCACGAUGCCACCCUCCUCAACUUGGACAUCACACCCAUCCUUGACGGCGGCGAAAGACGAGAACGUCACGGAAUGUUCCGGAAUGAAAGCCGCCACACAACAAUGUCAUCGAGAUCAAAGUUGAAGAGGGUCAUCACAUGACCACCAAGAGAGGAAGUAUCUUGUCAGGCGGGAGCUUAGUGGCGUCACGGACACCCGGCUGACUAGAAUAGAAGAGCUUAGACUCAAAGAGGACUUUGAGGACUAGUGGGCUUGUCGCAGUCCAGAACACCAAGCCAGUCCAGGCUGGAUGCCCUGCUGAGCACUUCACUUCCAAACAGGAAGUGACACAAGGAGAAGACACAGCAGGUCCAACCAGUCAGACGACAAAGUUGAAACAGGUCCAGCCAGGUCCAGGCGCAGCUUGGAUUAAAAUUGACAACAGUCAGCUCUGAUUGCUGUUACGCUCUCAACUACGACCUUGACGCGGUAAUACGAGCUUUACGAGUACAAAUAAAAACUCCAACAUAACGUGAUAGAUUCAAAGCGUCUGACCUCCUGAAAGGCUUCAUGCUGUGCUGCCGAUCGGGCCCACCAAGCCCAUCAACCCCCUCAGAGCCUGUCUGCCUCACAUCCGCCUCGACUGGGCUCUCUCUCUCGUGGUCCGCAGUCGUCGACGUUUUCCGCUUCCGCAUUGCUAAAAGACCACCAUCAAACGUCUCCGAGUGGAAAGCGACCGGCGAGGUGGCGCUGCGGACUGGUCGCCGCCGGCUGACGGAGCUUCAUAAAGCCGGGGGAGCGUGCUGCCGAGUCCCCCGCUGAGGACCGCAGCGAGCGACUGAUCAGCAGCCAAUCAGAACCCAGGGAUGUUCUGUGAGAAAGCCGUCGAGUUGAUCCGAGAACUUCAGCGGAUGAACGACGGCCAACUUCCUGCAUUUAAUGAGGAUGGCGUCCGCCAGGUGCUGCAGGAGAUGGAGGCUCUGUACGACCACAACCAGAGCGACGUGAAUGAGACCAAAAGUGACCACCGGGCAGAUUUGAUUCCCUCCAUCAGGCUACGUCACUGCUGCCUGCUGCGGAACCAGCGCUGCGUCACAGCCUACCUGUACGACCGCUUGCUGAGGAUCCGGGCCCUGCGUUGGGAGUACGGCAGCGUGCUUCCCGCUAAUGUGCGCUUCCACAUGAGUGCCGAGGAGCUGCAGUGGUUCGCGUGCUACAAGAAGUCUCUGGCAGCCUUCAUGCGCUCUUUGGGAGGCGGCGGCGGGCUGGACAUCACUCAGGACAUGAAGCCUCCGAAGAGUCUUUACAUCGAGGUAAGGUGUGUGAAGGACCACGGUGAGCUGGAGAUCGACGACGGCACCGUGAUCCUCCUGAAGAAGAACAGUCAGCACUUCCUGCCGCGAUGGAAAUGCGAGCACCUGAUACGGCAAGGUGUCCUGGAGCACGUGGUGUCCUGAAGACUUCUUCUUUUUCAGAAAGAAUGCUCACAGUGUCGUGAAUGAGCUUAGCAUUCGAAUAGGCAAACGGCAUAGACUGCUAAAAAGAUCAUUUAAUGGGACAUAAUUACCAUUACCAUAAUUCCAGGUGAGUGUCAGAGCUGGUUGCAGCACUAGGAGGUGUCACUCUGACUAUCACCAGGACCCAAACAGACCAGUCUCAAGUUGACAUUAA